AAGCUCGCACGUGAGUGAGAGCGCGCGGUAUUCCGGCUGUCGUAUUGGGAUUCAGAAGCCAGUCUCUCUGCCCUUAUUUUUCACGCCUUUUACGCCAGCCUGUUGAACGUUACAGAAUGGGAAACCAAAGCAGCUCUCAAGUGGACAAAUGGCCUCAGUAUUUUGAUUUGGAUCGCUCUGCAGACAUGGAAAUGCCAGUUCAAGCCCAAGUAUCAGGAUCAUUUCCAAAAUGGCUGUCGGGUUCACUUUACCGAAACGGAAGUGGUCUCUUCCAAAUCGGAGAGACGAGGCCCACCCACCUCUUUGAUGGCUUCUCUGUGAUCCAUCGAUGGUCAAUCAAGGAUGGAGGGGUCACUUUUUUGUCCUCCAUUCUGGACUCUGAUUCGUACAAAAAGUCUGUGAAAUGCGAGAGAGUGGUGGGACAAUAUUUUGCCUCCACUUUUCCUGACCCAUGCAAAAGUACUUUUGAUAAAUUCUUCUCCUACUUCAAAAAAGAAGAAGAUGACAACACAUUUGUAAGCAUCGUUGAGCACGGAGACCGACUUUUCACGUUCACGGAGAGCACAUCUAUCCAUGAAGUGGACGGGGAGACCAUGCAUUCAAUCGGCAAAGUGGAUCUCAAAAAUGUACUUGCCGUCCAUAUGGGCACAGCUCACCCGCACAUAGACAGGGAUGGAACCAUGUACUACUACGCCACAAAUGUACAGGACGCACAGAAAACUUACAACAUCGUGAAAGUUCCACCAGCUGGCAAAGGAGAAGCUCCUUUUUCGAAGGUAGAAAUUGUGGCGUCUAUACCACGUCGUUGGAAGUGGAACAUUGGUUACGCCCAUUCGUUUGGUAUUUCGGAAAACUACUUCAUCCAUCUGGAGCAGCCGCUGGCUCUGAACAUGCCCAAACUGAUGACCAUAGGAUUUUGGGGAGGGAUUGAACAGUGCUUGAACAACUACCCGGAGGAAACGAUCCAAAUCCAUGUUGUGGAUAGGAGAACAGGCCAGAGACUUCCCAUAAACUUCUACACUCCUCACGGCUUUGUGUUCCACUUCGUUAACUGCUAUGAGGAGUCCGGUUUCUUGAUCUGUGAUGUUUGUAUGAACAAGAGUGGAGGUUUUAUCCGUGAGCUGUACUUGGAGAAUAUUGUCCGCCUGAUGAAAUCAAAUGCAGACUUUUUGUGUUAUUAUGCUAGAUUUGUGUUGCCACUCAACAUUGACAAAGCCAAAGAAGGCGAGAAUUUGGUUACAGUCUCUGGCUCAAAAGCUACGGCUGUGCUCAGACCUGGCUCAGGCAACUGUGUCGACGUCACCAAUGAUGCUAUUUUUGGAGGUUCUGCAUUCUUUGAGCUGCCCAGAAUCAACUAUGAUUUCAAUGGAAGGAAGAUCAGAUAUGCAUAUGGUAGCUCAGUCCUUAAUCCGACCAAUCAAAGGGUCAUGAAAUUUGACCUCCACGAGAGAAAGAUGACAGAGUGGAAGUGUGAUGACAAGCACUACCCCGGAGAGCCCGUGUUUGUCAAAGACCCGGCAGGGACUUCAGAGGAUGAUGGUGUUGUGCUGUGUCCAGUGUUGGCUGCAACCACAGAGCAAUCCUCAUACCUCGUUGUGCUGGACGCCGCAAGCUUCAAGGAACUAGGCCGAGCCACCGUGCCACCAGAUAUAAAAAUGAGCGUCUCUUUCCAUGGAGAUUUCUACAAAAGGUUUUCAUGAAAUUGGAUAUCUAUGUCGCCAUCUAGGUUUCUAUCCGAACUCAGCUUUGUGAUGUUUUAUCCACAGUACAAGUUUAUUUGUUAGCCUGUGUAUGCUACUAUUAUUGCACUCAAGUCCCAAAAGAUGUGAUUUACCCAUUAAUAAUGUUACUGUUUUAAAAUGCCACAAGAAUAGCCUUGUUUUGAUACUUGUAUUUGAUAGAAGGAUGUAGCACUAGAGCACACAACGUAUUUCCACUGUACCGAGUCACAAAGGACGAAUAGACCGAAUUCACAAGGGACGCAAUGAUGAGCAUCUCUCAUGUUGACGUGCCUGGUUGUUUCCCUUGCCCUAGCAUGUCUUGCUGCAGGAUGGCCCUGGACUUCGCACUCACAGAGCUGUUCAAAGUUCUCUCACUGUUUAUAUCGCUGUUGGCUGUGUACGACAUCGUGGUCUUCUCGUGGAAAGACAAAAAUUGUCUUGUUCCUGCGGGCGCUUUGGGGACAAAAAGAUAUUGUGUAGGUUUAACACCCUUUGUAACACUGUUAGGUUAUUAAAAAAGCGGGACCUCCGAAUUUAACGCCCGUCUCCGACGGGACCAAGCCCAAUAGGUAAAUUCGUGGAAAGUGCCUUUCCUUUGUACACAGUAUUGACCAAGCUGAGAUUCGAACCCCGAACCUGCAAUCUCACUAUCAAACCACUAGACUGCCGACGCCACUGUGUGCACCUUCACAGUGAAGACUUGAAGACUCGUUUGCAGCUGGAAGUUGUAGAAGAGUAAGCCUUCUCAACUGUCUUCCUGAAAAAACAAAACAUGAAAACUAUUAUUUCUUGUUGUUUAUGUGUAUUUUGUGGUGAGAAAUGGAGGGAGUUGAACGUGUCUCUAUGUUGUAUGCUUUUUUAAAUUAUUUUUUUUAAAAUCUGAUUUUGGUAUAUUGGGUAUAAAUGUUUAACAUCUCCCCCAAUCCCUCCCUCCACCAAAGGGACAUACUUUACAUCAGUGUUUCAACACGUACUUUUGACCCCCUUUGAGAGGCCAAUCGUUCCGUACCACCCACCUACAUGUACUUCCAAGUGUUCCCCAUGGCUCAUCAUAAUGAGCAACUGCCCCACUUGUGGGUGAUGUCGCCCACGUUUAGUUCUAUAUGUCAAUGUGGUAUUUUCAUUGAUUCAAAUGAUAGACACACUUUGAUAAAGAAAAUUCUAUCAAUUUUAAAACCUGGCGGAUUUAGAAAAUUGGAACCAAUAAUAGUAGACAUUGUGUCUUCAGAAUUGUUUAUUCUACCCUGGAAUUAGAAUUGGCUUUCACCAAACUAUGGGGCAUGGCUUGUGCAGAAUACCACUAUAGUUCAACCUUAUGAAAUGAAAUAUUAGGAUGAGCAAUAAUGACUGUAAAAACUCAAUAACUGCAUAAAAUGAAAAUAUAAUAAUAUGUCACAGUGCCAUCAAAUACAAUACAUGUUCAAAUGUCAUAACAUUAA